CCUAGAUAUAGCGCCGACGAUGAUUCACGUUUCCUAAACUGUGCGACGAUAGUGGCUGGCAACGAGGGGUUGUAACGUUAUACACGCACGAGUGCGAAAAUCAAUAUAAUAUAAAUAUACUUUUUCAGAGCCACUACAGAGAAAAUACGUAGUUAUUUAAACGCGUUUGGAAAACGAGAAACUGCCCAUCGGUGAUUACGGUGCGUAAAAUCAAAAUAAAAUGAAUAAUACUGAUGACGUUUAGGUUAUAUUAAUAAUUUACAUAAUACAUACGUAAAUAGUAAAUAUCAAUGACAGUCGAAACGCGUUCGAUUUUUUUUUGGUUGUAAAUGUCGACAGUGUCGUGAUCGUCUGACACGACGAAAUGAAAACCAAUAUAGGAAAAUCCUUAGUUGUAUGCUUGUGCGUGCUAGUAGCGAGUAACUCGUGUUUCCAGAAGCACAUCCAAACACUGACAGCAAAAGUGAACAGACUAUUUGGGAAUGAACCUUGCGAUGUCAGCUCUACGGCAUCAGCGUGGAAGCCUAACGACAAUGAUGCACAGCCUGUUGUGUCAAAGUGCAACAAUAAUACUGACGACAGAAAUUAUUUGUUUGGUGUUGACUGGAGAAAUAUGAGUUCUAGAAUUGCAAACAACUGGUGGAUAAUUGCAGUGUCUUCCCUUCUUCCAUUCAUUGUCUUCUGGCGAAUCCAAUACAAUAUGAGACACAGGCUUCAAGACUGGAAAAAAUCUUUUAUUCAAAAGGAAAAGGCGUACAACCGUUCCAGAAGACUAACACUACCAGAUUUAACUUUGGCCAAACACGCUAGAAGAGAAUCAUUGGCUGAAUCAACACAAAAACUCACAAAUCGUCCCAGAAAGAUGUCUCAAUGCAACAUUUCACAGUUUAAGAGUAUGAGAAAAAAUUCAUUUGAAAGAAAUGAAGAACUGUUAGGGGACUCUAAAAGAGUUCACAUAAUUAGGCGUCGGCAUUAAUUGAUUAUUUAGUACAUAAUUUAAAGUGUUUACAUUUGUAUCUUGUAUGUAUAUGUGCCAACUUUAUUUGAGUCAGUAUGCACAAAAUUGUUAAGUGAAUUUUAAUAAAUAUAAAAAUGUUGAAAA